UAUCAUUAAGAAACCCAUGGACUUGAGCACAAUUAAAAAGCGUUUGGAACAUAAUUAUUAUACAAAAGCUACAGACUGCAUUGAAGACUUUAAAACUAUGUUCACGAACUGCUAUGUGUAUAACAAGCCAGGCGAUGACAUUGUUUUUAUGGCACAAGAGCUAGAAAAAGUAUUUAUGCAGAAAAUGGCACAAAUGCCUCCAGAAGAGAAAAUAGUGAUUGUCAACAAAGGAAAAAGAAAAGGAAAGAAACAAGAAGGACCUCAGCUGCCUGAUUCAGGAGUUUGUACCACUGAGCAAAAUCAACUGCAGAAGCAACUUGAAAGCAUUGUUAAGCAGCCUCACGUGAUGACUCCAGUACCACAGCAGCUUGUGUUAGCCCCUCUGUCAAUGGCUCAGUCGACUACCUUAAUGUCAGCCACGCUACCUAUAACAAAAGUUAAAAAGGGUGUGAAAAGGAAGGCUGAUACUACUACAAUAUCCACAGCAAGCUGUGAAUCUUCUCCAGCACUUAAUGAACCAAAAAUUGCUAAAAUAUGUAGAGGAGAAAGUGAAUGUAGUGUACCAGACAGUUAUCUAAAGAAAGACUUGCCAGAUUCUCAACAGCCACUUGAAGUUGUCAAAAAUGUUCAAUUAUCAGAACAACUAAAGCACUGUAGUGAGAUCCUUAAAGAAAUGUUUGCAAAGAAACAUGCAUCAUAUGCUUGGCCUUUCUAUAAACCUGUAGACAUUACAGCUUUGGGGCUCAGUGACCACCAUGAUACCAUGAAAUGCCCUAUAGACCUUGGAACUAUUAAGAAGAAAAUGGAUAACUAUGAAUAUAAAGAUACACAAGAGUUUGCUGCAGAUAUUAGAUUAAUGUUUAUGAAUUGCUACAAAUAUAACUCUCCAGACCAUGAAGUGGUUGCUAUGGCAAGAAAACUGCAGGAUAUCUUUGAGAUGCAAUUUGCCAAAAUUCCAGAUGAACCUGUUGCAAGUAUACCACCGUCACAGCCCAAAACAGAAAUAGCAAGUGCUUUUUCUAGUGAAAGCAGCAGUGAUGAUGACUCUGAAGAAAGAUCAUCUGAAGAUUCAGAAGAGGAAAGAACACGGCGCCUUGCAAAGCUUCAAGAGCAACUUAAAGCUGUUCAUCAGCAGUUGCGGGCUUUGGCCAAAACCUCCUUGCCCAAGCUGAGGAAGAAAAAAGGAAAGUCUAAAAAGGGGAAAAGAGGCAAAGAAAAAUCCAAACACAAAUAUGUGAAUCAAAAGAAGAAAAAGCUAAAGCAAAAAAAGAAAUUGAAAAAAACUGUCUUUAAAUAUGUAAGUGUGAGGGUUGUGUGGGUGACAUUAUUUUAAAUUGCUCUCAAUGCAGCAAACUUUCUCUCUUGCAGUCCGUCAAAGAAAACAAAGCAGCAAGUUUCAUUGGCACGUAAAUCAGAAGAUGAGGAUAGUGCCAAGCCUAUGAAUUAUGAUGAAAAAAGGCAGUUGAGUUUGGACAUAAAUAAACUUCCUGGAGAUAAGCUUGGAAAAGUAGUAUAUAUAAUACAGUCAAGAGAGCCUUCACUGAGAAACUCUAAUCCUGAUGAGAUAGAAAUAGACUUUGAAACUUUAAAAGCAUCGACACUUAGAGAACUAGAGAAAUAUGUGAUGGCUUGUUUAAGGAAAAGACCAAGAAAACAUGCUAAGAAACCAGUGAAGUCAAAAGAAGAACUUAAUUCUCAGAAAAAACAAGAGUUGGAAAAGAGGCUGCUGGAUGUCAAUGGGCAGUUAAACCCUAAAAAGCAAAACACCAAAUCUGAAAAUAACACUAUACCAAAGAUUAUUGGUGGACCAAGGCGAUUGAGUGAGAGUAGCAGCAGCAGCUCCUCCUCAGACGCUAGCAGCAGCAGCAGCACUAGCAGUGAUUCUAGCUCUUCAGAUACCAAUGACUCUGAAUCAGAAAUAGGCUCAAAGCCAAAUGGAACCAGACAGAAUGGUGUGACUUCUAAAGAACAAAUGGAGCAAAUACCACUGUCUUUACAAAAAACAUCCUGGAAUGCUAUUCCUGAAGUGCAGACCUCAUUUUCUUUUACUAGUAGCUUGCAAAAUCAAAGAUCAUCAGAAACCCAGCCUUCUCAUAAAAUACUACAGUGGCCUCAGCUUUUGCACCGUAGUCCACUUAAACUACCUGAACAAAGCAUGCUGUCGCCUUCUUCAGGUAUAAUCACAGUUAUAUCUCCACUGCACUCCACACCAGUACAGCAAAGGCCUCAAAAUAUUCCAAAGACAUGCCAGCCUUCUAUCAGCCAGCCUACUCACAUUGCCACAGAGGCAUCCAAUUCAUCUUCCCAGGAUAUUCCAAUGAGUGAUGGCAAAGAAUCUGGAAAAUUAAAUAUUCUUCAAAACUAUGUUUCUGGGGGAGUUGCUGGCUCAAAAUCCAUAAAUCAAGAACAAAGUCAUUCUGACAGCACUGAUGAUAAAAACACACUAGAUCCUACAUUUCAAAUUCUUCCUAAAAAGGACAUCAGAAUUAAGAAUGCAGACUCCUGGAUAAAUUUAUGUAAAAAGAUGGCACUUCCAGUUCCCAUAAAGGCAUCUCCGGAGAACUUCAAACAGUUCAGGAAAGCAGCACUAGAAAAGGAAGAAACAGAGCGAGCACAAGAGUUAAGGAGACAACUGGAACAAGCCAAGAGGAAAGGGAAAAUCCCCUUUCAAGAAAAAGAGAGGGCCCAUGAAGGAGCAGAACUGGAAUCCACUGGAAUGAAAGCCGAUGAAGAGCCACAAAAAGAGAGGCCAAACAGCGAACAGCAACAACCACCUGGGGUUCAACAAAAUAUCCAGAAAGGUUUUGUCAAAGACCGUAACCUGGCUAGAAAAAUGGAGCAAGAGCGCAGGCGGAGAGAAGCUAUGACUGGUACCAUUGACAUGAACCUGCAGAGUGAUAUAAUGGCAACUUUUGAAGAAACUCUUUAGUGGAAUUUUGGACACUAGAAGAAGUUGCAACCUGGCCACAGUCCUUGAGUGACAUUGUACUAAAUGCAAUGGUACAAUAAACUUGAUGCAAGUGGCUAAAUACAUGUGUGCUAUUUAUGUAUCUCAACAGUAUAUUGAUUAGACCACUUUGAAGAGCUGUAAACUGCUGUAGUAUGUGUUUAAUUUGCAUAGCACUGUUAAAUAUUAAAAUUAUGCAUUGACACAUCACAGGGUAUUUUUGUUGCUUGCAUUUAUAAUCUGUCAAAUCUACUUGUUGCUAGCUAGUUGAGCACGGUCAUGUUUGAUUGCAUAUACAUGUUACUACUUAAAGUACAUUGUAGAGAUUUUUUUUGGAAUAUCUGUAUCUCCCUGUUUUUGAAUUUAGAACUUUUAAAAGCAAUUAUCUUUCAGAACCAUUCCAGAAGCUUUUUUAAAAUAUACUGCCCACAGCUGAUUUCUUUUCUUGUUUUCACUGGCUGUUUCUGGUUAUAUACUGCAUUUACAUGUAGGGUUAAAUAAUAUUUUGGAGAAGUUAUCCAAACCAUAAUAACUUUGUCUCUUCAAAAGCGUUUUAUUUUGAUUAAAUAGUGAAGAUAUCACUUUUUUUAAUUAACACAUACAUGUGCUAUUUAAUAAAAACUGGACUUGUAAUAGUGACCAUCUAUACGAUCUGUGGAAAUAAUCUGUAUUUAAAGAACUACAGUUGUGGAACUUUUGCAUUUUCUGUACUUGACCUACACUUUCAUUUGCCAGAUUCUGUUCACUUAACAUUUUUAACCAAGUAGAGGGCAGGUUAACUUUUUUGUUCAUUAUUUUAUAGUAGAGAUUGCUUGAAAGAGUAGGCAAGCCGGAGUGCCUACCUAAUCAUUCAUAUUUUGUACCCAAAGAAAUUCAU